AUCUCAUGAGGCGUAUGUCUUCCGAUUGACCUCAGAUGGUUUUGUCUGUUUGGUGUAUAGGUUUACCAGAUACAUCUUGGCACGCUUCGGGAUUCAACGGAACUGCGAAACUAUCAAGGCCUUUUGAACAGGCUCCAUUCUUUUCUCUCGCUUGCCUUUUCUUUUACAAGGAGCCUGUUCACAUGCUAAUCCAGCUAAUCGUCAAUCUCUGGCACAACACCCUUGAAAAUUUGUUAUUUGGUAACUUAUAUUCAUACACGGUAUUUCCGCUAGGUACAUUUACAUUCAAGUAAAGAAAACUAACUACCUAACUAAACAAGAAUAGUAAGAUGAGAAAAAAGAAAAGAAAAAAACCUUUUUUUCAGGGAGGCCGUGUGUAAAAAUAACAUGUCGUUAAUUAAAUUCUUUCACAAUCGAAAUUAAGGUCCCUUACUUUUCCCUGGCAUUAGGGGCUCAAUUGCCGCACCUCCAGAGGCAAGCUGUUCCAUAACACACUUCCGCUAUAUGAAAGACUUCUUCUUUUCCAGAAAUUGCCGACACUAUUGAAUUUCCCAAUGUGAAGUAUUCAAUCGAAAAUUUAAGAAAUUCCGGGAGUUAGCAAAGGUAGAAAAAAACUUCCGGGAAAAUUUUUCCUCAAAUUUUUUUAUAAACUUCGCGAUGUUUGUCCUUUUUUUGAAAAUAUUGGAAAAUGCUGUUCCACUUGCUACUGGUCAAGUACUUGCUGAGUUGCCGAAAUUUAAACCGGAUUUUUUGGUUGAAUGCAAAGCACUCCUUGUUUACCCCACAAAAUUUUACACAGCCGUUGUUUUAUCAGGCCUCUUGGGACGACACUAAUACCCAGGGGAAAUUGAAAACAAAGGUUAUUCGAAAUGUUGGCCGGUAAACAGUAUAAACAGGGUCUGAAAUUAAUUACAAAGUGGCGACUGCAUGCUUUUAUCUGCAAUUCUCUUGGGCAUAUCCAGAGGCACGAGCAGUAACUUUUAAGACUUCAGCCAAGAGUUUUAAAAGUCAGAGAGCCAGCAACACGUGGGAAGAUGGAGGAACGGAAAAAAAAAAGAAAUUCUGGUUAACUGCCAAAGUUCAUGUCACACAAGAAGAAUUUGGGGGAACAGACGCUGAGGCGAGUUUCUCUUCAGUCCGU